GCAGCAAAUAGGAAUCGCCCGCCGUCCUCGCACUUUCUCAUUGUCCCAAUCCGCCGCCGCCGCCGCCGCGACCGCCACGGCUAACCCCCAGAGCUCCACGCCGACGCCCUUCCCGACGGCUCCACCUCGUCGUCUCCAACUUCCGAAUCCGCCCCCUUGACACCCUCUUACCGAGCUUAUUCGAUCCGAGCUCGAGUCCAGUGAAAGCUUUGUCCGAAUUACCUACUAGCUAGCUCGAAUUCCAGCCUAGGCUCGCUCGAGCUCUCGCCGAUGUCCACCGCGCCGUUCCUCUCCCCAUCCCUGUCCCGCGUAUCCUCCGCGCGGGCGUCCCCAGUCCCCAAAUCCUCGGCGAGGUCCGGGACUGCUGGGGUCGCCUUCCCCAGGGCUCGGCCGUACACCCAAUCGCUUCGCCUGAGCUCGCCUGUCAUGGCUGCCACCGGCCUCGGCGGUAACGGCUCCCCGGCGGCUCCCGAGAACUCAGCAGUGCCGUCUAGGCUGGGAGAGGUCAAGAGGGUAACCAAGGAAACAAAUGUGCAUGUGAAGAUUAACCUGGAUGGCACUGGUGUUGCCAGCUCCAGCUCGGGGAUACCGUUCUUGGAUCACAUGCUUGAUCAACUGGCAUCCCAUGGACUGUUUGAUGUAUAUGUGAAGGCUACAGGUGACACACACAUUGACGAUCAUCACUCGAAUGAGGAUAUUGCUUUGGCAAUUGGAACGGCGUUACUUCAAGCACUUGGAGAUCGAAAGGGAAUUAACCGGUUUGGGCAUUUCACAGCACCACUUGAUGAGGCAGCAGUUGAGGUUAUACUGGAUCUAUCUGGUCGACCUCAUUUGAGCUGUGGCUUAAGUAUUCCUACUGAGCGAGUUGGCGCAUAUGAUACCCAGCUAGUUGAGCACUUUUUCCAGUCCCUUGUGAAUACUUCUGGGAUGACGCUUCACAUCCGCCAGCUUGCGGGGAACAACUCGCACCAUAUUAUCGAGGCAACUUUCAAAGCGUUUGCCAGGGCCCUUCGACAAGCAACAGAAUAUGACUUACGGCGACAUGGUACAAUCCCCAGCUCAAAAGGUGUUCUGUCAAGGUCGUAAUGUUGCAAGAUAAAAAAAAAGGGUUGCACUCUGUUCUCCGCCUGAAGCCUGGAGCGAUCAAGGGGAAACAGAUGGAUGGUGGCUGGUUAUAUCUUCUCUAUUGCUGCUUGGGCUUCGAGUCAUCUUGCGGCAAAACAGCAUGGAAAGUGACGGCUGUCGGUGUUUCUUUAUCUUACUAGCACUGGCAUAAUGUUUCUGCCAGUUACUGCAAUUUUUGGCUGUUGGCCGGACUGUAUGUACUUAUGAAGAUGAAAAGCUGCAAAAGGCUUGAGAUUCUGAAUUGUAUAGAUCAAAAAUAUGGGUUCAGAAUUCGUCCGCGCCUGUAAUAAAUUAAUGCUUGACCAGUCAUUCACGAGAAUAAAAUAAAAUACUCCCUCCGUUCCUAGAAAA